AAAGAAACGGAAGAUGCGGAGACUAUCCAACACUCAGUCCAACGCCGUCCUCAUCCCGGUGGCGUUGCUGGUCAUCAGAACCACCUUGCCCAACAGACACAGCAGCAGCGUCCAAGUAGUGUGGUCUACACAGGAGCUGUUGGAAAACUUUGGUCAAAUUCUGAGGGUAAGCAGACUUCCAUCCUACUUAUCUUUUAAAGUUUAA